CCGCUAGUGCUAGUUGUCAAAUUUUAAACAAAGAUUGAAAUUGCUGUAAUUCAUGAAAGAAACUGAAUAAGGUUAUGUUUCCUCGGUCUCCAUAAAACAUCGUGAACUUUAUAAUAUUGUAAUUAUUUUAAUUGGUCCUGAGUAUGUCGCCAACAAGUAGUGAAACAGCUAACGAAGAAACCACCAAGAGCCAAGUAGACCUUGAUACAGAUAAGUGGUUUAUAAGAGACUGUGAGAUCUACAAGGAUGAAUACAAAGAGUGCACGAGCUUCCGUGGCCGUUUCCACCAGUACUUCAUUUUCGGUGAGACCCUCAACUGCAACCAGUGGAAGAAGGACUAUGAUAACUGCUGCAAGUGGGAAUCUGACAGGGAUGAGAAGGCAGCUACAGCACUUAUAGAGAGUGAAAAGGAGCGUCGCUUGGAAAGACUAAAAGCCCAUUACAGAAAUGAUAUCUGGAAGAAGCGAGAGGGCCCACCUGCCGACUGGGAUAAACCACUACCUGAGUGGAUGCAGAAGAGACAGGAGAACACAUACCUGGAUCAUAAGGCUAAGGAAUACAGAGAAGGAACGCUAGGAGAGACGCCUGGGGAAUGGGGGUGUUCGAUCAUGUGAUAUAUAUACAAAUUAGUAUUAAUAUUUAUUAAAUAUAUGUAGGCGUUUGAGUGUUA